CGUUUUAGUGACGAACCGUUUUAUCCACGACUGUCAGCCGAUACGAAAUUUAUCCGUAGCCUAGCGAUUGACCUGUAUCUUCGUCUGUCUUCUCGUUCACUAACUCAGGUCUGGUUUUCGAAUCGGCGGGCCAAGUGGCGGCGCGAGGAGAAAUUGCGCACGCAACGGAGGGAUAAUCCGCCACCGCCGCCUCAGCAGCAGCAACAACAGCAGCAACAGCAGCAGCAACACACUGCCGGCGUGAGUUUGGUGGGUGCUGGUCACCCGACGCCGCCGCCACCCUCGGGGAUACUCGGGGGCCAGCCGCCUCCACAGGCACCACCCUCACCCCCCAGAAUACAUCACGGAUUCGCGCCCACCGCUGUGUAUCCCGGAAUACCCAGUAUGCCCGACUCGUACAGCCCAAUGACGUCGAUGCCGAGCUUCACGAUGUCGGGCGCCAGCCAGCAGAAUCAGCACACGACAAGCAGCAUGUCCUCGCUGUCCGCCGGGAGCGGCAUGAGCCCGAUGGGCAUGACCGUGGGCAUGACCGUCGGACCGAGCCCGGGCGCGUGCCUCCAGCAACGGGACAACGGCUACUCGUGCGGGGUCGCGAGACCGCCGAGCUACGAGCCCCUUCACCUAGGGUACGGCGCCAGACCGACCUGCAGCCCCACGCAGCCCUACCACGCGGCGAGCCUCAAUCAGUACAAUCAGAACGCCAGCUCGACCGGUCUAAUAUCCCCUGGCGUGAGUGUGCCGAUCGCGGUACCAGGUCAACCGGCACCCGACAUGGCGGCGCAAUAUUGGUCACCGAGGCUGCAGUGACCGUGGUGGUCGUCGAUAUCGACCUCGUCUCCGUAGACCUGAGCUUCUUCGUCUCCCUAGCUUACGGUCCGUGUCGUGUACGGGAAAACGACACGCGGUUCCGUGAUUGUGGAACGCAAAGUCUCUGGAAAUCCGCGCGUUUAUGGUCGAUCAUGCGUGCGACUAUUCCGUAGUAUAAAUCAAAGAAUGGGCUAUCGUACCCGUACGUUUUGUUCAAGCCAAAGUUCCGGGGUGAAAAACAAGUUUGAUCUGUCCGUAUUCGCGCCCGCUACUCUCAUUGUUUCUUUAAAUGUUUUUAUUUUUAUUUUUUUGUUAGGCGAGUGCAUUAUUUUCGGGAAAUUUAAAGGAAACGUCGCCGCGAAUUCGUUGGCGUUUACCGCGACGAAGAUCAUCCGUGGAACGAAGAUCUCAGAAGUUCGUUCCGUGACCUCCGACACGGGCGAGGAACUUAAUUCUUAACCGAAUGGCUCUAUCGCGACUCUGUUUGUGUAAACUGACGACAAAUCCACGGUGUAGUGUAAUUGCAAUACAAGAUGCAACGGCAUUGGGUUUACAGACGGAUUAAUCGACCCGUGUGUAUAAUCGUGAAUCUUUACCGCCGUCAAAUCGAAUUUCCAUGUCCCGUGUGCUAAAAGAAAAAAAAAGAUAUCUACUAUUUGCGAUUGCGACACUUUCCCGAUCAUGUCCCCUCCAUUAUUAUCAUAGACGAACGACUAAUUGCUGCUUUCCCGCACUUUCGCUAACGUGUUUGGUAUCGUGAUGUGCGAAGAGACACCCCUUUCCUCUUUAUUUCGAUGUCGUGUCAGAAUAUAAUCAUAGGAACACACAAUCGUUGUUAGACGUAUUAAUACGCCAAUCAGUGACAAUCCGUGGUUUUAUAACACAAUACACGAAUGAUCGGCAAGGUGAAAAAUCUCUCAAAGCAUCGUCCGCAUAUGCACACCAUUGUAAGCUCCUUUUAAUUCGUACAAUUAUACCUCCGAGCCGAGACAUCUUUGAGAUAGAACCGGGCAAGGUGAGACGUGGUAGCACGAAAAAAAAAACAAAGGAGAAAAAAAAAUCGUCGGCAAUGUGCAACUCGUGUAAAAAUAAUUAGCGUGAAGAUUGAAGAGGAAGAGAAUUGCUCCCGAGGAGAAUUUUUAUUCGCAACGUUUCGUAGAUGUAACUUCUAUAGGCAGGAAGAGAGGAAAUGAAAUAGUUUCUAAGUCGGUAUUACGUUAUUAUUUAUCCUCGUGAAACGAGGGCGCCAAGAGAUAGUAAACGUGAGUUUGUUGUGUGUACAUCAUAAGGAGAAUACCGACAGUCAUUUAUAUAUA